UUGCCCUAACAAAAUCGCCCACCUCACAGAAACCCCAAACCCUGCAAUCUUUCUUCAAAUCCACAGAUCCAAUUUCACUUUUGACCCCCUCAAUUUACUCCAUAUCUCACUUUCCCCCUCUCUUUCCAUCUUCCCCGUCUUCCUCCUUCCGUUGUCAGGUGAAUGAUGCUUCGGAGCCUCAAUCAGCCUGCGGUGUCACCUCCAGCUGCUUGUUUGUGUUUCGGUGCAUCGUUUUUUUGAUUCCCGAAUGCAAUCCGGCGGUGACGAUGAUGAUCGCCGGGGUGAGCUCGCAGUAGACAAUCGCAACCCUUCCGAUCUCUGCGCCAUGUCGGUCGAACUGGAGCCUUCCACUGCGAUCCAGUCCCGAGAUGAGAACCAGCAAGAGGAACAAAACCCAGAAAGCAAUCACAAGGAGGAGAGCAAAAGCAACGGCAAGAAGAAUAAUAGUAGUAGUAGUGCUGGUGUAGUGAGGAGGGAGCGGCCGUCGCGGGCGUGCACGGCGAGGGCCGCGGCCAGGCUGUACGCGGCGGCGGCGGCGGACGCGGCUGCGUCAGCGUCCGAACGGAAGCAGAAGGCGGCCAGGAAGGAGCGGGUGCGCGAGGAGGAAGCGGUGCCGCCGUCGCCGCCGCAGUAUAAGAUUGUGACACCGCUUGUCGCGGAGCCGCCUCCAUCGCAGUUGCCGCGGUGGAGUCUCCGGUCGAUGUGGGAACUGGCUUCCAUUCUCAAUUUCUUGAAUGUUUUUCGGCACCUUUUGAAUAUUAAAGUUGAAUUCUCAGCAGAGGAGUUCGAGACUGCUUUGAUAACACCAAACAACACUUUGGGUGAUAUACAUAUACCUCUACUCAAGGCAAUUCCUCCAGUUACCCGAAUGGCACUUAGCCAUAAUACAUGGAUUACCGUUCUAUGCAGAAAGUUGAGAGAUUGGUGGCAUUGGGUUGCAGAAGGGGAGCUACCAAUAGUUGCUUCACAUGGGGCUGAGAUUGAAGCAUAUAAUGCACUUGAUCCUGGGGUUCGUGUAGUGAUUUUGAAAGCCUUAUGUGAUAUUCGGGUUGAGCAAGAAGAUAUUAGGAACUAUAUAGACAACUCAAUGAAACAUGGAGUUCAACUUUCAGCAUUCCGUAAAGAGCGUGUUGGUGGUGAUUCUUAUGGGAUCUCAUAUUGGUAUGAAGAUGAUCCAAUAAUUGGGCAUCGAUUGUACCGGGAGAUCAGAAAAGUAAAAGUGAAGAAAGCAAAAGGAAAGAAUGUACAGCUAAUUCCUAAUUCAUGUUACGAGUGGGAAACAGUUGCUACUAAUUUGGAUGAAUUUCAAGAUGUUUCUGAGAAGCUUUUCUCAAGCAAAAAUAGAACGGAGGUUUCACUUGGGAAGAAGUUGAAGAAUGACAUGCUACCUGAGAUUGAAAAGGUCCAUAAGAGGAAAGAGAGGCUGCUGAAGAAACAGCAUAGAGAAGCACUUCUUCUUGAUAAUAUGAUGAAUGUGGAUGGGCUUGCUCCAGGGCGCGCCCUUCGUGAUAGAAAACCUGUCACCUAUACAUUUGAUGAUUAUGACCGAUCAAUAAAUGAAGCUAUCAAGAUAACCAAGCGGAAACAGCCAUCUCCAGAGCCUACUGUUAGAAGAGAGAUGGCUACAAAAACUGAUGCAUCUGUAAAUGGUAGUUGGAGUGGUCCUUCACAGAUUCCUCCGCAAGCCUCUUUCGAGGCACCAUCUCCAAUGUCAGACUAUGACGAAACCAAUAUGGACAAUGAACCUGAACCAUUAGACCGCAGCAAUCGGCGAAGACAAAGGCCACAGCGUUAUUCGGCAAAAGAUUUUGUUGAAGCAGUUUCAGACAAUGAGGCUGACUUUGAUAGUGAUGAUGAUAUAGUUGGAGAAGCUGUAUAUGACGAAGAAUACUUGAGACAGCGGAAGCAGAAGAGGAAAUCAUCAAGCAGCUCCGAGGGAGAUGAGGAGUAUCACUGGGAUGAAGAAAAUGCUGAAGAGGAAGAAGAAGAUGAUGAAGACGAUGAUUCCUUAAGUAUUAGUGAGGAUACCGAUGAGCCCAAAAAAUUCAAAAAAUUACCGGGCCGAACUAGAAGGGAAUCUAAAUUAAGGUCAGUUGAUGAGCUCCAGUCGGGUCUGAGACGUAGUAAAAGGGCUACCAGAAACCAUAUCAAUUACAGACAAUAUGAAAUGUCAGAGUCCGAGACAGAGUUGGCCAAACCUGAGAAGUCGAUUGCUUCUGACGAAUGCACUGAUAGCGAUAAUGCCGAGUUUUCAACAGGGAGUCAAGACUCAAUGGACGAAGAUGAAGAGGACGAUAAUAAGGAGAGAAAAGAAGUCCGUCAACAUGUAGAAGAGCAUCCUGAGAUGGUAGAAGAAGAAGACCAUAACCAGUCACCUGAGAAAUCAAAUGGCCCAGAUCAAGAUGAAGCCGGAGGUGCAAGAAAACGACGGUUUCUUGACCUAAAUGAGCUUGCCCCAGGUUCUGGCUUUGAAGAUGGUCCCAACACAACGUUGAAAGGCGAUGAUGCAGAUGACUUGUAAGCCUGGAAGUUGCAUUUUGCUAAUGGGAAAAGCUGGUUGUAUGAUAUAUCAACUAUAUAGUUUUCCUAGGAGCCCUUGAAGUUAUGGUUAGAGGGCUACUUCCAUUAGGGUUCUUCUUCAUGAGCUGGGGCCGUGAUUCUGGGACCAUUAUGUAGAUUGAGUAGUCAAUUUUUUAGUUUGCCUAUAUUCGAAAGAACCUACGGCAAAAUGAAUGGGAAGAAAGGUAUUCUGAGA